CAGCCUGGCCACUUUCAGCAAAAGAAUGGUCGCAAUGUGGAAGCGAUGAAGAAGAGAGAAAACGCGCAACCAAUUGACGAGAAGGCAGAAAAGAGUGCAACCUCUUUGGUCUACAAUCCUUGCAGUCUAUUGCAGGCGCUCCGGCAAAGGCCGAUCCCCACCGGUCUUCGACGUUUCAUCUGGUCCUAUGCUCUGUUUCUGCCAGGAGACACGAGAAAAGAGGCCACCUCCGGAGAUACAACCGUUCGAACCACCGCUGCUUUGAGCAAAGGGCUACUGUACACUCCGACCCAACGCUGGGUUCCCGUCCAGAAUGCAACGCAUUUCGAGCUCAACAUGACCCCACCUGCUCCUGCAAAGAGAUGCGAAGCCUUAUGUGCAAAGUUACUAGACGCCCGAGCUCCAUACAGAAUCACACAACCACAUUCGUCCAAAAGGUGUGUGAUUUUAACCCCAGACUUACGCAUGUACUGCCCAGGUCGAAAGUCGCGUCCUGUCGCCGGCAAGUUCUCCUGCAGACUGCCGGCAGGAGAAGAAGGAUCUACAGUUCCUUUUGGAAUAGACACACUUUUGAUGGGUGAAUUGGAUGAAUGA